AUGUCUUUCACGGAGACAGUUCGUCUGAAAUUAUACUGGAAUACUACUUAUACAACUGAACCUGAUGGGACUAUCACGGUACAGCGGGAUGCGCCGGACGGUUAUCUUAUCAUUAAUCGUAUGUUAGAUUUCUCGGAACUUGUUGAUAAGGUAUGUGGUGUGAUGGAAGUUGAUAGAGAAGGUUUGUAUAUUGAUUUUUCUUUGGCAUGGACGGAGAGGUCAGGAAAAAGGUCUUGUGUGCACAUUAAUGAUGAUAAUACUGUUCGGUUCAUUUAUCUUUGUGCUGAUAAAUGGCCAGAAUUGUACCCUGAAAAUGUUGAGAGAACAGGCCAUGUUUAUGCAAGUACAUCUGGCCAGGAUAUUGGUGCCAGCAUUAGUGGUGGUAGAACAGUUGAAGACAAUGAAGAUGGAGAUGAAGAUGGAGAUGAAGAUGAAGAUAAAGAUGAAGAUGCAGAUAUUUUAUCUUCUUCAGGUGGUCCCAUCCGGACGACCUUGCACCUCAUGGCCACAUUGAUGGAGGACAUUCGUAGUCUGAGUAUUAUAGGCCAGCGUACUUUCGACGCGGACUCCUUUGGUUAUGAUCGCUUAGGCGAGAUUUCCCAGGUUGCUGAGCGGGCGUUGUCCGUCAAUGCAACAAAUGUUGUACGCCACGAUCUCGAUAGGCAUGUUGAGGUUAAUGACAUUUUGAGUCAAGAACUUGCACCUGUAGACCCGACCCAGCAACAUCCACCACCCAGACCUCCGAGGCGUUCGCGCAGGUCUCAGCGUGGGCGUGGGGGGCAAGAGACAAUCACAUCAUCUCAGCCACAUCAGUCCUCCCAGCAUGAGCAGUCUCAUAUUCCCUUCACUGGCGGUUCAUCCCAUCAGUGUCCACAUCAGUCUCCACUCCAUUCUCGACAGCAUUCAGUCCAUCAGUCUCCACAUCAUUCAUCCCAUCAGUCUCCACAUCAUUCUUCGCCGACCCAACAGGCGUUUUACCGUCCAAUUAUGUCUCCCCAGCACCAGCAGUCCAAUUUUGCCUUCACUCAGUUUUCCUCCCCUCAGACUUCUCAGCGUCAGUUUGGAGAUUCUUUUAUUGACUUUUCUGGGUUUCAGCAGAGUUCGCUAGAUGGCCAGUCGAUACAUUACACGAGUAACUUUCUUUCGAGUAUGUUCGAGGGUGUUGCGGGUCAACAUCAGGCUGAUGACCCAGCUGAGGGUGAGCGUGAGAGUCAGGGUGAAGAUGAGGCUGAGGAUGAGGUUGAGGAUGCAGACCAGGAUGAUCAGUUUGAGGGUCAGGGUUAUCAGCGCCAUGAGGAGCAGGGAUCGAGUCAGACUCUAGGGACUCCACCGUUGGCUGUGAGUAAAGGCCAGAGAGUGACGAAGGAGCCCGAUAGAAUGACUUAUAGCCUUUUUCGGGCUAAAAAGCCCAAGAAGAAGUAG